AUGGAUUUUAAUUAUAGUUUGGGAUUGAGCCGCGGUGAAUCUGACAGUGAUGCUGGUGCAAGUUCCGGAGGCGGAGCUCCAGGAACUUCUUCAAAUCGCCGACCUAGAGGCCGUCCGCCUGGAUCUAAAAAUAAGCCCAAGCCUCCAAUAAUCGUCACCAGAGAUACGCCUAAUGCACUCCGAUCUCACGUGCUUGAAGUUUCAACGGAUGUUGAUAUCAUGGAAAGUAUCUCCAAUUACGCAAGGCGGAGAGGGAGAGGUGUUUGUAUUCUUAGUGGUAGCGGCACUGUUGCCAACGUCAACAUCCGCCAGCCUGCUUCCCCUGCUGCAACUGUAGUCACUCUUCACGGACGUUUCGAGAUACUUUCCCUCUCAGGUACGGUGCUUCCUCCGCCUGCACCGCCUGGCUCCAGUGGGAUCUCUAUAUUUUUGUCAGGUGGACAAGGACAAGUUGUUGGAGGAUCCGUUGUAGGGCCUUUGAUGGCAUCAGGUCCCGUCGUUUUAAUGGCUGCCUCUUUUGCUAAUGCUGUAUUUGAACGACUUCCGUUGGAGGAAGAGGAUGCUGCUGCUGCUAAUGCUAAUGCUAAUGCUUCUGGUGUUGGUGUUGGUACCCCUACUACACAGGUACAGCCAGCUGCCUCACAGUCAUCAGGAGUAACCGGUGGUGGAGAGGCUGGAACUGGCGAAGGUGGAAAUAUGGCUUUUGGGAAUAAUUACUCAUUCUCAGCUGAGUUGCUUGGAUGGGGUGGCAAUGCUGCAAAUGAAAGGCCCCCAUUUUAG